CCCUAUUAGCAGGCUCUUUUACUCAGUCGCUCAGCAGCCUCCGAAUAGGCUUCAGGGACUAAGUUACCGUAGCCUGUAUUGAGUCCCCGUGGACCGACCGACAUCGGCUUGCCUUACAAUUGAGCCGGAAAGUUUCCUAUUGCGAAAAAUCACACUCGUAGUGGAUGGUCUCUUGCGUUCCUGAGCUUCACGUCAUUGCAUUUACACGGCUACGACAUAUUCAUCGUGGACAGCCAUGGCGUCAAUUAAUCCAGAAGCACCCCUCGAGGGCCAAGGUCGCGUUCAAGUUUCGGUGUACUCUCGCUUCAGACCCUUGCAGAAACGCACGAUUACCGCCAUUGCUGCAUUCUGUGGCUUCCUUGCUCAAAUCUCAACGACCAGCGUAUUAGCCGCAGUUCCAGAGAUCGUUGCAACUUACAACACCACGGCGAAUGUCAUUAGUAUCAGCAAUGCAGUCUACCUUGCGUUCAUGGGCCUUUCGUCGUUCAUAUGGGGGCCUUGGGCCGACAUUUUCGGCCGUCGUUCUGCCUAUCUCUACAGCCUCACACUAUUUCUUGUUUUCACAAUUGGAACGGCUUUGGCGCCUCAACUGGAGCUGUUCUUUCUUUUCAGGGCUUUCACGGCAUUUCAGGGAACAUCAUUUCUCAUUCUUGGAUCUAGUUGCAUUUCUGACAUCUACCAUCCCACUGAGCGAGCCACAUCUUUGGGCUGGUUCUUGAGCGGCACAACCAUUGGUCCGGCUUUUGGACCGCUUCUCGGGGGCAUAGUCGUCACGUUCACUUCAUGGCGCGUCAUCUUCUGGAUCCAAGCUUCACUUGCCGCCACCGCACUGGUUCUUGUUUUCUUCUGCCUCCCCGAGACUCUUCACCAAUCUCGUGAGAGCGAACUGGCAGGGCUCGGACCAGUCCAGAAAUGCAUCAAGCUUUGGCAAUGGGGAAACCCAAUCAGAGUAGUCAAGAUCUACGGCAAUAGAAACAUGCUUCUCAUUUGCCUCGCUUCCUCAUCUCUGGUUUGGAACAUGUACUCUUUACUCACCCCCAUCCGAUACGUGCUGAACCCCAGGUUCCACCUCACUACGCCACUGCAAUCAGGGCUGCUCUACAUUGCCCCUGGAUUGGGAUAUGUAGUCGGCUGCCAGAUUGGUGGGCGAUGGGCUGAUUACACCGUUAGCUCAUGGAUCCGAAAGCGCGGUAUACGCUUGCCCGAGGACAGACUCCGAAGCAGUCUGGUUUUCCUCGGCUUGAUGUUGCCGGGAUCGAUGGUUUUGUAUGGCUGGACGCUAGACAAAAGAUUCGGCGGCAUCCCUCUGCCUAUUAUCUGCAUGUUCCUUCAGGGUAUCGCGCAGUUGGCUGCGUUUCCGAGCUUGAAUGCUUACAUUCUGGAUGUCAUGCAACAUCAAAAUGGGGAAGCUUCAGCCAGUCACUACCUGAUGCGAUACAUGUUUGCUGGCCUCGCAACUGCGUUGUGUCUUCCUCUGAUAGAAGCUAUCGGUGUCGGCUGGGUUUCAACAAUGUCAGCUGGAAUACAGUUCAUCUGUGCUGGGCUAGUAUACCUAACCGUUCGACUCGGCGAGGGCUGGCGGCAAACACACCAACUACCUGUUCCACUGUAGCCAAUACAUGGUUUCUAUAUCAAGAGUACUGUCUUCACUUCACCUUUACGCGGUUUAGGUUUGGUACUUGAAACAGUAUCU